UCCGCCCCCAUCCUGCUCAUUCCAUUCCAUCAACCCAAGCUGGCUAAGCUCCAAGAAAUCAAUCAGCAGCUCUCGCUGAUCUCCUUCCCCUAGCUUUGGUUGGCCUGCUGUCAGGCUCAUCUGUCCAAUUCUGCAGUCUCAUCGCCAUCGAUCCUCGGGAGUGCUCAGACGAGUUCGAUCUGCUUCCCAUAGGGAGGAGCUAGCGGUUGCUCGUAAUAUAAUGGAUCUCGCGACGACGCCGGCGCGGCGGCCCGUGGAGCCCGGGCUGGCGCGGCGGCUGUGGCACGUGGUGCUCGCCGUGUGCCACAUGCUGCGGCGCGGCCUCUCCCGCAAGCGCAUCAUGAUGGACGUCCACCUCCUGCUCGGCCGCGGCAAGCUCGCCGGCAGGGCGCUGCGCGGCCUCCUCGCCCACCCGGCAGGCCACGGCCACCUCACCGCCUACGGCGCGUCGUCCUCCUCCUCGCUGGCAUCGUUCUACGGCCACCCCCGGGAGGUGGAGUUUAGCUGCACCACCACGCCGUCGUACCUGCAGCACUACGGGCUCUACCCCUUCAAGGGCCGCCGGGGCGGCGCGCGCGGCGAGUACGGCGGCCUGGACGCGGCGGCCGUGGCGCGGGCGUUCGACAUGCUCAGCGCCGAGGUGGAGGCCGGCGGGGGCACGCCGGCCGUGUCGGCGGCCGGAGGGGUGGCCACCGCGACGCCCUCGCCCAUGGUGGCGUGGAUCCUGGGCCGCAGCCCCGCGGGGGUCCGGCCGCUGCGCGUCACCGACUCGCCGUUCCCCGCCGUGCCGGAGGACGGGUGCUGCAACGAGCGCGUCGACGCCGAGGCCGACGACUUCAUCCGCAAGUUCUACGAGCAGCUGAGGCUGCAGCCCUCCGCCGCCACGCCGGACUACGGCGGCCACCGGCGCCGCCGCGGCUAAGCAGCUAGCUCGAUUUGGUUGAGAUUCGUGCGUCUCGUGUUGUCCGGUGGAUGGUCACCCGCAUCGCAUGCAUGCAUGGCCGAUGGCGACGCCCAGUGACGACGACCGUGACGGGAACAUGCUUGCCCCGGCCGGUGCGCGAACUGAUCGAAUCACUUGCUUUACCACGAGGAUACAAAUCCACAUCCAUGUCGUAUUUCGAUUGUUGGUUUAGUUUGAUCAUCCAUCUGAGGCAAAUUUGUUCUAAAAAUUGGGUGACCAUGGCGAAGCCGAUCCAUCGAUCGAUCAGGCGCAUUGUUCAUCCAUCCACCAACGCAACUUGUUCAUGGUGCUGUUGCUUCGCAUUUCGUCUCUUUUCAAGCAAACGCAAGAAUUCAGAACAAGUUUCGAACGUGUCUAGCGAGCUAAGAUGUAGCUCGUGUGACAUGAAAACAUCUUUUUCUUGUACUUUGGGUAAAACGGCCGGUAACAUGCAGUUGGCUGCAAAUAUUCGAAUGUUCGUUUAUUCCUUGACCCUGGAUCCGGCAGAAGCGAGCACCGACGCCGAGUUUGGGUCACUGCCAGCCGUGUGAUUCUUAUCUUCAGCUCUGGACAAGCUAGGGUUGUGGGGGGUUCAGGUUCACACCCUGCCAAGAAAGCAGGAGGAUCGGAUCGAUCAGGGGAGGGAUGCCAUGACACUGUCUGUCUCCGAUGCUAAGCAAGCGCUGCCUUUUGCCCCAGACAACCUGGGGCAAACCAAUCAAUUAUUCGGAGAAAACCUCCAUCUCUGCCA